AUGAUUACUCCCACUGUUAAUGUUUGGAAUUGGAAGUUAGCCAAAGAUUUACCAGAAAAUCCUUCUUCUUUACAAAAGGCUAAGUAUGAACUUUGUCAAAAAAUAUUAAGUUAUCAGGAAGACAAUAAUCUGAGUGAUGAAUUAUUGGCCAAAAAAUUAGGACUAAGUAAAGAACAAACUCUGCAAAUUCUUUUUGGCAAACUAAGCCUAAAUCGCCGCAUGUCCGAGUUGUUUAAAUUUCUUAGAGAAGAGGAGGCGGAUAAAGAAUUAAGCCAAGCCACCAAAGAAAUCGCCACCCAUUCUGAUCUGAUAAUUCAACCAGUCGGAGCCAGUAAUGACGAUCUAAUGCCAGCAGUCAAAGAAUUUAACGCCCUCAAAAAAGCAGGAAUUCCUCCAAAAAAGUUAUUAUUUGCCCUCGCUCGCCUCUCCACCCUCAAAGAAGCCGAAGCCAUAAAAGAAUAUUUAAAGGAUACAGACUAUAAAUAUUCAGAGAAUUAUUUGUUAGAAAAAACCUCCUAUAAACAAAUCCAAAACGAAGGCAAAUCUAUUACUGAA